AUGAGCCCAGUGGUUAUUGCUGACUCUGAUGACGAAAGUGACUCAAACGAGCACAUUGCCGCCGCUCCAGCUAUAACAGUGCCCCAGGCGCAAACACGAUCCUUUGAGCAUGGAAGCCUUGCCACUGCGUCAACUGAUUCGAUCCUCUUCCAGCAAGUCUUCAAUGAGCAGUAUGGAGCCGCUUGCGAGAGAGCCCAGCAACUACAGCGGGAUUUCGACGAAGCACCGCAUCAGAGCUCAGCCAUGACCAUUCCUGAUGUUCCCUUUCAGCGAACCACCAAAGGCUUCUAUCAUUCAUCCACCACAUCAGCCACAGAUCCCCAUACGGAUAGGCUUCAAAACACCCAGAUAGGACGGCCCUCAUUGGAUUUGGCCCAGAUUCCCUCUUCGAUGCAGAAGCAAAAUGAGGCUGGCAAGGUGGACCUUUGGGAAGUUCCAAGCAGUCCAGAAGCCCCCGGAUCUCUGCAAAGACAAUCAAAGGGAUUGGAUCAAUUGUAUAGGAAAGAUGGAUUACCUACUACCAAGGGUGCACUUUCAGAUAGCCCUUGGGAUAACCAUGAACUUGUGGAAAGCCGAGGCAACAAACGGAGACGGUUGGACGAGUCUAGGGAAACACCUUCGGCAACAGACGACGUCGAUUUGAUUAUGUUUCGUUCUAGUAACAAGGAUAUCACCAAUGAGGAACUGGAGACGGCAGCAGCAUCCAGUGUCCUGCUCCCUACGCUGCCUGUUGACGCCAAUUCAACAUUCUGUCUAAUACACCCGUCCACAACAGAACGCCAACCGUCAUCUCAUAUUGAGAUGAAUUUGACAUCAAACGAUGUUCCAAAAUACAACAAUUUGCUCUUGAAGCAACAGACACAGUAUGCUGUUGGCUCCAGUGGAACGGUCACUAAUGUCAACACCCCUCGAAGCCAAAUGCUCUCAAGCCAUAAUUUUAGCACUGUAACUCCUAGAGAGCAAGCUAGGGAAGUGGCUACGAAGAAAGUAGAGUACCGAAGCUUUACCACGCGAAGGGAUUCAUCCCCCGACAUCAUUUCUACCCUGACACCCGGUUUGGACAAAGUUACUUCCGAGCUGGAGUAUUCUCCUGGCCUAAAUCUCGAGUCCAAGCCCGAUCAGGAAUGCUGUGACGAAAGAGAUUCUUCAGCUCAUCAGCCCCCACCACGAGAGUUGCAGUCGGAGGAGAGUGAUGCCGAGUUCGUGGCACAUCCUACGCCAAUAGCCAAAUCUAAGAAGAAGAGGGGGCGUCCAAAGAAGCCUCCAGAAACAGAGGAGCCCCUGCCAAUGAAACAGGCUGCAGGUCCUGUAUCGGCCGCGGCUGAUGGAACACCAGAUGCAGCGCUGCAGAAGAAGAAACGAGGGAGACCUAAGAAACAGUCGAGUGAUACAGGUGUAGACGGUGCCCCGCCUCCCGCCGCCACUCCCGUCUCUGCCGUUGUCCCUAGCAAAAAUACGAGAGCCAUGUUGGGACAAGAAAAGGCUUCAGCUAGGAAUGAUGGAGACAAUAUCCAAAUAGCCGCAAAGCAAAGCUCAGUGGAGAUGCCAAAUGAGCAGGGAGCUGCCGAAGACGCCUCGUCCGCAGCAGACGACACGGAGCGUGUCCGGCAUCAGGCAGCCCCAGGCAGCCAGAAGAACCCGAAGGAUCAUGCCACCAGCCAGAGCAUUCCUAACAGGCCACAGGACGAGGACGAAUCCAAAGGGCCAAAGCAACCUGCUGCAAGAGGGAGAGAAGAGAAAUCGGGGGGUGACAAGAAGGGAUCUUCGGCACAAGGGAUGGCCAAACCCCUGUACAGGGUUGGGCUGAGCAAGCGAUUUAAGAUUGCCCCGCUGCUAAAGUCUGUACGCAAACCAUGA